CUAAGAUACUAUUGCAAUAAAACAUAAACAAACUAUCAUUUCCUUGUUAGCUUUUGAUCUACAAAGACAUUAAAGCGUUAUAGGAUGACGAAAAUGAUGAAUUUGUUUCUAUUGCUGAACAUUUGCGUUGUGUUGAUAGCCAACAGGAGUGACACCUAUCUCAAAUCUGACGACAGGAGAUUAGGAUCAGCUUUUGUAGCAGUUUAUGAUCGCAUUAACUGUGUGGACACGAUACAAUACAAUGACAGUGCAUUCGAAAGUAUGGCAAGUGCAUUUGGAAUGAUUGCAUCUACAACAUAUAUCCGAGAGGUUGCUAUGGAAAUAUUUAAUGACACAACAGAAGCCAUGGUUAUACUUGGAGAAGAUGUGCGUGAAUAGGCCAGACACACUGCACAUGAUUUCAGUAGAGGCACAAAAGAUCUGAUGAGUUUACUUGUUGAAUGGUACAAUGAGACAAUUGAUAACAUCAAAAUAACCAGAGUUUAUAUGAAUGAUACACAAUGGAUAGGGCAACUGACAGAAGAAGUGCAACAGUCCAAAUUUGGUACCUGGGUUAUGAAAAACGAUCCAUUCAAAAGCAGAGAUCUGUAUGAGAGAUGGUCGAUUCACAUCAUUGGCAUCCUAUGUAUUAUUGCAUUCUCCGUCAAAGUAUUCCUUGUGGAAACAGAGAGGCUUAGAUACACCCCUCCAAAGCCAGAUGACUACCAAGCCUACUGUAGACACCUCGAGACCCUCUUAUCUGAAGAUGACACUAACUCCACAAUCUCCAAACCACCCCGCACCAUCAUGCCCAAAUAUGGAUGGAAUAAACAUCAGAGACGUGGAAUGAUUAAUGUUACAAACAAACAGAUCAAGAAGAUUGUAAUUCAACGUCAACAGGAAAAACUGAUAAUUAGGAAGAAAGCAAAGAUCCAAUUUCUCACCAGGAUUUUGUGUUGUAUAAUAUAUGGACUCUGAAUUGUACUAAUAUUAUAUUAUAUUCUUACUGUAUGCAUGUUAAUCAAAGCUC